UGUUUUUCACUACACUUCUGCCCCACCUGCCCCAAGUUACAGGCAGGCCUACAACUUCAACCAAAAUACGAUUACUUUUACCGGCUCUGUUGGCUGUUGACUAUUUUAUCUGACAGAGAGAAACUCUGUUAAUCCGACAACAGCGGUGUCACGUCUGUUGGAGGGAAAGUCACGUCGCUUUCGGUAAGUUUCUGCUGCUCAACAAGCGGAAAAGCGGGGGUGGAGAUGAGGAGUUUAGCAUCCCGGCUACAUCUGCUGCUGUUUUAGUUCUAUAAAGUAGAUGUAAUUAUGUUUUACAUAGGGAGAUACAUGGAGACUUAUUUUAUCCAGAUGAAUUGACAGUGGCAGCGAUACCGUUACUUUAAUUUGCGUUAAAACUGCUGAUAGACAACAGAGGCUUCAGUUUCCGGGGCGGGACUCUUCUCUGUCAGAGGUUGAUGUUAAAACUUAUUUUCACAUUCACCACAAGCACAGAGCAGAUCAUUUUUAUUGCACUGUAACAUAUUUAUUAUUUGGCUGUUUAUUUUUAUUUUUAGAUCAGUACAUCACUUUUAGUCAGCCUUUUACGAGUAGGGAAACCGGUGCUGUGCUGCAGAUGUAGGUGAGUUAUGAACUGGUGUUUCCAGCAUAUAUUGACAUUUAUUAUUGAUGAAGUGUUUGUACAAGAAAAGCUAUAAUGGCCAAGUCAGAGGGUAUGAAGAAUGAACAAGAUUAAAAAGGAGGUCUUUUUUUCAUCCAGUAAAGACAGUAAAAUCACCCCAGAGGAACUGGGUGUCUGUUUGUUUAGUGGUUUCCAUGGUUUGUCGAAGGUGACUGUGCUUUUUGGGUGGUGGUUGCCAAUGAAAGCCAUUGCUAGGAAAUGAAACUUAUCGCUUGUAUGUGUACAUCUGGAAGAAGAGGUUUCCUCAUCGAGAGCUUACGCUUUUAAUUAUUGUGCCAGUUUUGUCAAAGUGGACAAGAAGACCUAUGAAUCACAAGUGAAGUGGGAAAUGCAAACAACCAAAAAUUAGGUCAAGAAGGGUCACUUUGGACUUUUGAACUCCAUCCAUUUUCUACUGUUUUUUCCCAUUGGAGGUCGCUGGAGCCUAUCCCAGCAUCGCCAGUUCAGUCGCCAGUUCAUUAACAUAUAGAGACAAACAAACAUCCACACCUAUGGGCAAAUUGAAAGUGACCAAUUAACCCAACCCUACUUCUGGGAAAACCGGAGGAUCCUGGAGUAAACCCACACAGACACAGGGAGAACGUGCAAACUCCACACAGAAACGCCCUGACCCAGAUUCGAACCCAGGACCUCCUUGCUGUAAGACGACAGUGCUAACCCAUGAUGAUCGGGGGCUGUGAUUGUUGUCUUAGCUUUAACCUUGCCUAAUGUCGAGUCCUAUCAGCGUUCAACAACCAUGACAUAACAUUUACUCCCUCUGUGGUCUUUUGUUUCAGGGAUGCCUCUCCACAGCAUUUGGCCCUCAUGUAGCAUAUUUUGUCAGGACUGAGAGAAAGUCAGCAGCAUGGGCAACGAGGACAGCCUGGAGGAUGUGUUUGUCGCUGUCAUUCGCCCGAAGAACCAAGUCAGCCUGAGCUCCAAGGAGUACAGAGCCAAAGCUUAUGAGGUAACUGUGUCAUGUAUGGAAAACUAUCACAUACUGACCUGAUUGUUUUCAACAAAUCCUCAUGAUUCCUCUCUUGUUUGUAAAGAUCCUCCUGAUUGAAGUGCCCCUAGAGGGGAAGGAGAAGAAAAGAAAGAAAGUCCUGCUGGCCACAAAGAUCCAAAUAGGAGGAGACAAAUCCAAAUCCAUAUUGGAUUAUGUUGAUGAAAAAAUCAGACCCUUAUCCAAUAACCAAGGCUUCGUAGGUCAGCGUGGGACAUUUCACUUCACAUUUCAUUAAUUUUAGAGUUUGAGUGCACUCCUUAGACUGAAAACAAUGAUCUUCUACUAUGUUUUUGUUGUAGGGAAGCGUGUUGUGCAUAUGAAGAAAUUCCCCCUCGAUGGGGAAAAUGAAGGGAAAGAAGCGUCACUUUUUGUUGUACCAGUCAGUGUUAAAGGUGAGUUGAAAUCAAAGAAUCUCUUGUCUGAAAUGAAGCAUGAACAUUACAUAAACUGUUCCCUCUGUAUGUCAUAAAUGAUCCUAAACAGACAACAGCAAGCCUGUUUACACCCCCGGCAGCCCAAGCUUCUACUGCUUCCAGGACAUCAUGCGGGUGUGCAGCGAGACCAGCACUCACUUCUGCUCCAUUACCUCGAAGAUGCUCCUGGCUUUAGACAAGUGAGAAAAGAUGUUAAAUCUAAGUCUACUUGGAGGAGACUUUUUGUGGAGUUGGAGAAACACCGUUCUUUCUUUGUCCUCCGACAGGUGGUUAGCAGAGCAGCACACUGUGCCUCACGCCAUCCCCGCUCUUUUUCGACCAGCACCUGUGGAGCGAGUGAAGACCAAUGUCAGCAACCCAGCCUACGGCAGCGAAGGCAAACUGAGCGACGACGGUUUGCAUAUGGGCUACACGGCUCUGGAGAUCAAGAGCAAGAUGAUGUCGCUGGAGAAGGCAGACAUGUGCAUCCUGAACCCAUUGUAUGGCUCUGAUCUGCAGUACACCAACCGAGUGAGUCAGAGGGACUUUUAAAGAGAAGUUCGGUCAUAGAAUAGUUGAUAUCAUUGCUUAUUUGAGAGUGGUGGUCCAAUCCUAAUUUUGGCAUUUGGUUAAAAGGUGGACAAAGUUAUCAUCAACCCAUACUUUGGGCUGGGAGCACCCGACUACUCCAAGAUUCAGAUCCCAAAGAGAGAGAAGUGGCAACAUGGACCAAACUGUGUGACAGAAGACAAGUGAGGAGUGGCAAUACAUCUACAUUUGUAGACUUCUGCUCCUCUUAUUUUCUGAGUCUUAAAACGGUUUAAAUUAAAUCCUCUGCAGGGAGCGGCAGUGGGUGGAUGACUUCCCUCUCCAUCGCAGUGCCUGUGAAGGAGACGUGGAGCUGCUCUCUAAACUUCUAGAUAGCGGUUUUUCAGUCAAGCAACUGGACAGCGACCACUGGGCUCCUAUUCAUUACGCCUGCUGGUGAGUCCAGAAACAUAUGUUCUUUGAAAACUUUUGCUUGUCUCAUUAAGGGAGUUAUCAUGAAGUUUUAUUUGGUUUGUCCAGGCACGGUAAAGUCGAGGCUACUAAGCUGCUGCUGGAGAAAGGAAACUGUAAUCCCAACCUGCUGAAUGGACAGCUCAGCUCCCCGCUGCACUUUGCAGCCAGAGGAGGACAUUUAGAGAUAGUGCAGCUGCUGUUACAGCACCCUGAGAUCGACCGGGUAAGAAGAUCUGAACAACUUUUUUCUCCUAUAGCCGAAAUAGAUGGCAACUUUAUGACUGUUAUUGUUGUUAAAUCAUAAAACUGGUGUUGCUAAUGCAGAUUCAGGCGUGUUUUUAAACUAUUAGAGCUAGAGUACAAAAUCCAACCUAUGAAGGAGUUAUAGAAAACUUUAUACUAGAGCCUCAUAACACCUCACCAAAUAGAGUAGUUGCUGUUUUUCCACUCAAUUUUGUGAUAAAUUUAGAUGGUCAUCCAGACAUUACGAUUAACAAAUACACAUUUUAAUUUUUUAAAUGAACCUUCCAAAAAUGAUCUAUAAAAUUCUAUCUGAACUAACCUAGCAGAACAAAUAGAAUAACUGGUAGAUAUGGAUUUUCUUGCAGCACAUUGAAGACCAGCAGAAGAGAUCCCCCUUGCAGGUGUGUGAGGAGAACAAACAGAACGAAUGGGAGGAGACGGUGAAGCUUCUGCAGCAAGCAAACACCAAACCUGUGAGUCUUUGUCAAGAUCUUACGGCUGUGUUAUUACUGCAGGCUUAGCACUAAAAUGACACAGAGAGAUUUCCCUCUAAUGUUGUUCUAGAUAUUAACACUAAUAACUACCUGUAAAUAAACUAAAUAUUUGAACAUACUUAAUCAAAAAGUUUAGUGAAUGUGAUUUUUGUCAACAUAUUUUGAUGGCAGGUAACUUUGCUGGUCACUAGAUGGUGCUAUUUCCUCAACGUGAUAUGUGGAUUCUGAAUAAACAAGUCUAGUUUUUGGGUAACAAAGUGAUUGUGUUGUGUACAUGUCUUUUACAGUAUGAGAAGGUUCGUAUCUACCGCAUGGACGGCUCGUACCGAUCUGUGGAGCUGAAGCACGGCAACAACACAACAGUGCAGCAGAUCAUGGAAGGCAUGCGUCUUUCACAAGAGACCCAGCAGUACUUUACCAUCUGGAUCUGCUCCGAGAACCUGCGUGAGUUCACUGACAGUGCGCACACAAGAACAUCCUUUUGGCAAAUUCAACUUCAUUGGUUAAAGAUAUUAUAAUAAUGUUUAUUUUUUGAUUUAGACCUGCAGCUGAAACCAUACCACAAGCCCCUGCAGCACCUACGGAUCUGGACAGAGAUUGUAACAGACCUCACGGUCCUCGAUCCUCAAAGGGAAUCCCCUCAGCUCUUCCUCCGCAGAGACGUCCGGCUGCCUCUGGAAGUUGAGAAGAAGGUAGCUCACUUUAACACGCAACUCUUCUUUUAUAGGCUGAACAUCUAGUCAGAAAAGACCGAGACACACAGUUGGAAUGAGAAAUGAGAGAUGCUGACUGACUGUUUUAUUCCAGGUUGAGGAUCCUCUGGCUAUCCUCAUCUUGUUCGACGAGGCCCGUCACUGCCUCCUGAAGGGCUUCUUUCCUGCUCCAGACAGUAAACUGAUCACGCUGGCCAGCCUUCUGUUGCAGAUCAUCUAUGGCAACUAUGAGAGCAAGAAGCAUAAACAGGGAUUCCUCAAGUAAAGAACAGUCUGAAUUUCAUUUCAUGAACAUAUUCAUUUCUGCUGUCCUGACAAAUCUGUCAUUGUGUCAUAUCUCUGUUGUUUUAAUUUAACAGUGAAGAAAACCUGAAAUCAAUCGUGCCGAUUUCCAAGGUGAAAAGCAAAGCGUAUCAUUGGACCAACAGGAUCCUGCAUGAAUACAAAGUAUGCUUGAAGCUCUUAAUGGAAAAAUUCCUCACACUCUUUCACUGAAAUACGUCUGCUGGCAUAAUUGACAGGUUUCCUCCCCCUCCUCUCUGACAGGCUCUGAGCACCAGUGAGGGUGUGAGCAAGGAGAUGCACCACCUGCAGCGGCUCUUCUUGCAGAACUGCUGGGACAUCCCCACCUAUGGAGCUGCUUUCUUCACAGGACAGGUUUACACCAAGGCCAGCGCCAGUAACCACAAGGUCAUCCGUGUCUAUGUCGGAGUCAACACCAAGGGGCUGCACCUCAUGAAUAUGGAGACCAAGGUUCUGCCACCUUUUAUCAUGGGUUUUAAACUUCAGAAAUACACUUAAGCUAAGUUUAGUGACUUAUCACAUUAAUAGGGUACAAUUUCUAUAGAUCAACCUUUAAUUCAGUCUUAGAAUAAGCACUAGAAUUAAGAGUCAUGCAUCUUUAUGAGCUACAAAAUCAAGUAAGACUCUCAGUAAAAAAACCUGACUACUUCUUUCAAGUUAAAUGAAUGCCUUAAGACAGUAGGUGUCAGAUGAAGUGAUUAACUGCAAGCUAAAGGACAAUAUAAAAGAUGUAUUUAACCUCAAAAAGAUUCAUGAUUCAUGGGGUUUUAAUUAAAUGUUCAAGUGAAAUAAUUAUGCAACAUCUGUGCUCACAGGUCCUCCUCAUCAGUUUAGAGUACAGCACAUUCAUGUGGCAGCUGGGACACGCUGACCAGUACUUCCAGAUUCACAGUGGUGAUAACAAAAUGAACUUCAUAGUGCACACAAAACAGGUAACUUCUACAAGAUGUUUUUAAUAUUUAAAAUAUUUAUUUCUAUGAUUUAUGACAAGAGUGCAGAAAAUGACUAUAACAUGCCUUGUUCAAUUAAAGAGCAGAAUAUUUUUGGCAGUUGUAUCAAUCAAAGGUUGGUGGUUUAGAUAAGAUAUUGUCUGUUAAAAAAUACUGUAAAUCAACCUCUGAUUUUCCUGUUUCUCUUACAGGCUGGCCUUAUUGUGAAGCUUUUGAUGAAGCUGAGUGGACAGAUGACUCCAAAUGAUAAAGGCGUGAUGGACAAAUAUGCCUACGGCUAAAAAGACUGAUGAAUUAAAGCACAGCUGCCAAAGAUCCCAGUGCGGGUUCUUCUCUUUUGUGACUCUCUGGAUGAAGAGCAGAAAUUGGCCUCUCAACAAACGCCUCAUUUUUGUAUGCGUCUGACUGAUAACUUUCACAUUUUCACAUGAUGUAUUUUGAAGAGUCACGAUUUUGUGUGCAUGUAAAUAUUGGUUAUUUAAUGUUGUGUUUUAAUAAACUGAUGUGCAAAUAA